CCUGACCUUAUUUAUCGUUCUCUCAGAUAUUUGUAACUCGCGUUUGUAAUCAGUACAAAAUAUAAGAGUAAUAAUUAUCGCGGCUUUAAAAAAAAGUGCUGAGUGAUACGUCGACAGUUCUCUGUGGACACCUUGUGAAUAAAUACUUCUUAAAUAUUUCCUGUAAAAGAAGAUUCACACAAUUGAAGGAUGAUAAAACUGAAGAUUUGAAUGCAUCAGCGAAAUGAAGAGAAACCAUACAAGUUUAUAUACUUGUGUCGAAUUAAUAACGGGUCAAGGAACAAUAACAUUCACAUUAUUCAGAAAUCACGUCUAACUAGGGUGAUAAAAUUGUGAAAGAAGAGCUGGAAAAAAAUUAUAAUUAUUUUGAUUUCGAUGUUUUGUUUCAUCAUAAGACCAACAAUUCCAACUAAUAAAAAAAGCAAAUGAUUUUUCAUGAUGAAUUGUAACUUAUCACCCAUUUCCAAAAACAGCCUGCAACUCGUUUACGAAAAUUCCAACUUAUCUGAGGAAAUUAUGCAACAUCAAAACAUGAACUAUCAAGUAGAUCAGUCGAUGGACAUUAUGUCAAAUAUUAUGAAGUCCAGUGAGGAUAUCGAUCUUGUGCACAAUACCCUGCAAUGUCCAACGUGCAUUUUUACUACAUCAAUCAGAUCAAAAUUUACCGAACAUUUAAUCAGCCAUUGCACAUCAAAAUGCAACAAUCCACAUUUUAAAGCUAUCCUCGCACAAUUGCCAAUCUUCUUUCAAGGCAAAAGCAAUUGCUCUUUUCCUACAUUAGAGGAAUAUGCCAUGCACGCAACAGAGGAGAUAGACAAAUCUAAACUUCCUCACGUGAAUCAAAGCAAUAUAAAACAGAAACAAAAUGCAGAUUUCCGAGAAGGUAAAAGUUGCAAACAAUGUAACUUCGUAGCGACCACGAAAAUGGAAUAUUGGGAACAUAUGCGUUGCCACAUCAAAGGCUUUACUUGUUCUAAAUGCUCUUUCGUUACCAAAUAUAAACAUCAUAUGAAUCACCAUUGGCUCAGUGUUCACGACGGCUCCAAGCCGUUCAAGUGCAAAAAGUGUUCCUAUACAUGCGUAAGCAAGUCAAUGCUAACUAGCCAUCUAAAAAAACAUUCGAAUAUUUAUCCGUACAGAUGUGCGAACUGCUCGUACAAAACUAAAUUUUGCAAUGCGUUAAAAAAGCAUCUGCGAAAAAAAGAGCAUCAACCAGCGAUGGUGUUGAACGCUGAUGGCACGCCAAAUCCCUUAUCUAUCAUCGAUGUCUAUGGUACCAAACGCGGGCCCAGACAAAAAUCAUCCGUUGACAAAGAAGAUGAGUUAGAUGAGAGCACUGAUCAGAGUACGAUAAUCAACAAUAGCCAGCUUAGUUCAGCAUCAACUUCCCCAAUUUUACCACUUCACUCACCGGUCACUCGUUAUUUAACUGUGACGACGAUGAAUGAAAUGAAUGAUGCAAACAGGAUAAUCCAGAACAGCAUGAAACAAAAUCAACCUGCCGUGACGUUUCCUUAUAAUGAUCUUGUUGCUGCAUUUAACUUGUCAAACCACCUUUUGCAUCGCGAAGAUGCGACGUUUCAUAAAAAUAUGCAGGAAAUUAAUCAUCACGUCCACGCGAAUACGUUAAUGGAGUACGUAAAAAUCAUGAAAAUGUCUGAGGAAUAUGUCCAGAAUUUGCCUACAACUUGUUUAGACGCAAAUGAUGCAAAUAAACCUCAUAUUUCCGAUAAUGUAAAGACUGCUAGUAAUGAAUCCUCGACAUUCGUGACGCUAAAAACUCAACUAAAGUCACAAAAAGAUGAGUCCACAGAUGCACCGUUGGAUCUCCGCAUCAGCGAAGUAAAAAAUCAAUUUCAAUUCCAAUUAUUAGCUACAAAUUCAUCAAAGAUCAUUGGCACCAAUAAACGCAAGGGUAAAGCAAUGAAACUCGAACGUCGCGCGAUGGAAGAGGACACGAAUCCAGAACAGAAGGAAAUAGAAUCUCUCAAAUCUUCGAUAAUUAGUGAAUCCGACAUUCGGAGAGAAAAUCAAAAUAUAAAGGAUAACAAGGGCAAAACCAUUGCUGAUUCGAUCGAGCACAUCUGCCACUAUUGCGAGAUCACGUUCGGUAACGUUGUCAUGUAUACCAUGCAUAUGGGUUGUCACGAUUUCGAUGAUCCUUAUACGUGCAAUAUGUGCGGUCACCACUGCACCGAUAAACUAUCUUUCUUUCUGCAUAUCGCUCAAUCGCAGCAUACAUAAAAGCGAUAAAUCGGAUUUGUUUGGAAUGGAAAUCCAAAAUCUACGCUGCGAGUAACGCACAUGAGAAAAAAAAAGUGAACGAGAUAGAAGAGAAAAUUUUUAAUACAAUUCUAGUCAAAAAUGAUAUAAUAUAGACGAUUGAUAAGCACUUGCAUUUGCUAGAAAUAUAUAAUUUUAAAAAAAAGUAGAGAAAAU